AUUUGAUUUUUUUAGGAUGCUAUCUUGCUAUUUCACAACCAUUGGAUUUUACUUCAGCAGCCUGAUUUCUGUACUCGGAAUUUAUGUGUUCCUCUACGGACAACUAUACCUUGUUCUUAGUGGACUAGAAAAGGCACUCCUCAUUGAGGCUAGAAUGAAAAACACUGAAUCAUUGGAAACUGCUCUUGCUUCUCAAUCGUUUAUUCAGCUUGGUCUUUUAACUGGCUUACCGAUGGUAAUGGAGAUCGGACUUGAGAAGGGAUUUCUUACGGCCCUUAAAGAUUUUGUUCUUAUGCAACUGCAGUUUGCUGCUGUUUUCUUCACUUUUUCCCUUGGGACAAAAACCCAUCAUUUUGGUCGGACAAUUAUGUAUGGCGGAGCUAAGUAUAUACCUACCGGACGUAAGGUUGUGGUGUUUCAUGCCAGCUUUACUGAGAACUACAGAUUGUAUUCACGAAGCCACUUUGUUAAAGGAUUUGAACUGUUGCUCCUGUUAGUGGUUUACGAUUUGUUCCGGAGGUCCUACCAGAGUAGCAUGGCAUAUGUAUUAAUCACGUACUCUGUUUGGUUCAUGACCAUGACUUGGUUAUUUGCACCAUUUUUGUUUAAUCCUUCCGGGUUCGAUUGGGACAAGAUUGUAGAUGAUUGGAAAGGCUGGAAUAAGUGGAUCAAGGAGAAAGGUGGUAUUGGGAUUCAGCAAAACAAGAGUUGGCAAUCUUGGUGGAAUGAUGAACAAGCUCACCUUCGUCGUUCAGGAUAUGGUGCUAGAUUGUUCGAAAUUCUUCUUUCGAUUCGGUUUUUCUUGUAUCAGUAUGGCUUGGUGUAUCAUCUUGACAUCUCCCAACAGAGCAAAAAUUUCCUUGUUUAUAUGCUUUCCUGGGUUGUGAUUCUUGCAGUUUUCCUGACGGUCAAGGCAGUGAACGUUGGAAGGCAACUCUUCAGUGCUCGUUACCAUCUGAUGUUUAGGUUCUUUAAAGCAUUCCUCUUCCUAAGUGUUUUCGCCAUUGUUAUCACUCUCUCAGUCAUCUGUGAACUGUCGUCCAAGGAUUUACUUGUCUGCUGUCUUGCAUUUCUGCCGACUGGAUGGGGUCUGAUUUUGGUUGCUCAAGCUGUGAGGCCAAUUACUGAGAACACCGGACUCUGGCAGUUCACUGAGGUACUAGCUAAGGCAUAUGAUUACGGAAUGGGAUCGAUCCUUUUCUCUCCAAUUGCUAUAUUGGCAUGGCUUCCGAUCAUUUCGGCAUUCCAAACUCGAUUCCUUUUCAACCAGGCUUUCAAUAGGCACCUCCAAAUCCAACCAAUUCUUGAAGGGAAGAAGAAGCAAAAAUAAAGUUUUGACAUUCAUAAACAU